AUGGUUAGUGAUUGCGAUCCCCACCAGGAUGAGGUGAGAAGCCCAGGGAGGCUGGCCCAGGGUGGCGCCAAAUCUUGUCCUGCUAGCGGCUCCGGGUGGGUGGUCGGUGGCCAAUCAGCGCGGGCCCCGUCGCUGAUUGGGCUGAGACGCCCCACCCCAAUCCCCCUAUUGGAGCACGCACUGCCCGUUCCCUGGUUGCAGCCAGUCCGCAUCGCGCAGACUCGUCGUUCCUUCGCCCGAUCCCCGACCAAUCAUCGUCAUCGACUACUCGCGCUUCCCGGCCCGGAGGCGAACGAAAAUUUGUGGUCGGAGGACCAGGCGAUAGGAAGGAAUGGGGACCACCGAAAGAGGGCGCGGAGGGAGAUGGUUGUUGUGACAGACCCAAAUAUGCAUGCGAUGCACCGUUGGAAUUCCCAUCAGGCCAGCGUGGCCGAACUGACCGGUCGGCUGGUGGCGUCAGAGGUGCGGUUCACCGCCCGCCCAAACGGGAUGGGUAUCGGGAAGCCAGGUCGAUCUGUCAGGCGGUAUGCUGAAUACCAUACCCGGCAUGGGACCAGCAUUCUUACCGUAAAUACCGUUUUCCCAUAUCGGCGUGAACCACCACGGACAUAG